AUGACGGGUGCCAUACCCAAACCCGACGUCGCCAUGUCACCAACAACGCCAAAGACAAAAACAAAACCAUUAUCACCAGUACAGCCAAACCGAAGCCCCCCUCCCUUCAGGCCCUCCACAUCAUCAAAAAUGACAAUCGAAACACUCCUCUCGCAAGAUGAAGACGAGCUGCUGGCGGCGGUUUGCACCGACUCAACAACAGGAUUCUCGCUACUAGCAGCAGCGACAUUGGAAAAAGGAAAAGCGAGGGCGGCGACGACGACGACGACAACAUCAAACGACUCAGCCCCAUCAUCCCAAAUCAGCCCACGAGGCAGCCUCAAUGAAAGCCCGACUGACUCGGCCGCCAACCUGGCGAUAGAGGAUAUCGACAGCGUCAAUUCGGAUAGCUACCCGGCUUCGAUGACGAGCUCGAUCAAGGCUCAUGUGUAUGAGGGGGGGUUGAGAUAUCACGCGUACAAGAGCGGGAAGUACGCUUUUCCGAAUGAUGAGAUUGAGCAGAACCGGGAUGAUAUGAAGCACUCGAUGAGUUUGUUGUUGAUGCAGGGCGAGUUUUUCUAUGCGCCGGUUAAGGAGAGGUUGGAGGAGGGGGCCGAGGUGUUGGAUCUGGGUACCGGAACGGGCAUAUGGGCAAUAGAAGUCGGCGACAAAUACCCAAACACCACAGUCACCGGCAUCGACCUCUCCCCCAUCCAGCCAAACUACGUCCCCGAGAACGUCCACUUCUUCGUCGACGACUUUGACGAAGAAUGGGUCGACCCGGACGACAAGUACGACUUUAUCCAUAUCCGAAAUGUGAUGCACUCCGUGACGGAUACAAAAGCGCUGCUUUCGCGGGUGAUGCGCCACCUCAAACCAGGAGGCUACAUCGAAAUCCAAGACCUAGACAUCACCCCCCUCUCCGACGACGACACCCUCACCCCCACGACCCCCUACGCCCUACGGGAUUUUCUAAAAUACAUGGCCGCCGGGCUCGCAGCCCUGGGCUCGCACAUGCACGCCGUCCACAAACUACCCGAUGAGCUCGAAGCGGCUGGCUUCGAAGACAUCAAGAAAUCCAAACACAAAGCGCCCAUAGGGAUGUGGCCCAAGGACAAGAGGUUACGACUUUGCGGGCUGUUUUUGAGGACGGCGAUGAUGGACGGGCUGAGGGGUGUAAGCCAGAGGCCGAUGGCGGCGUUGGGGUGGACGCCGCUGCAGAUCGAGAUGGUGUUGGUCAAUGUGAGGAAGGCGUUGAUGGAUCCAAAGGUGCAUGCGUAUUUUACUUUUCAUGUCAUCUAUGCUAGGAAACCGCUGCAGGCAGGAGGGUGUCCUGGGUCUGAUGAACCAUGACGACGUGAGGGGCCUAUCCAUCUGGAAAUGAAAUACGGCAAGCGCCACCGGAACUGUGUAAAUAGGUGAUGAAAUCAAAGUAUAUUAUUCAUCAUGCUGA